CACAGAUUUGACACACAAUAUUUGAUCUACAUCACUCAAACUUGUCAUUUAUUUGAUUAAAGAUUAACUCUAAAACAGGUUAAAAAGAUAAGCAAAUCUUCAUUUAAAAAGAUGAAGUCUUUGGCUGAUCUAUUAUCUACACUGUGCAUCUGUGCAUUUCUUGUCGUCAAGUCUUGCACAUUAACAGAGGCUGUGACACCAGGUGCUAGACCAGUGUAUCCAGUGACAGCCUCGUGGUUCAGAGACAGGUUCUCUCUCAAAGAAUGGGACGAGGCGCUGGAACCUUUUAAAAAUCAAGGGGGAGACACUGUGUUUCUCAGGGCUCCGCCCAUCAUCCGCAGGACAACACAAGACUUAGACGGCGACCUGAAUUUCAUCUGGUGUGGCAGCUACAAAAGCAGCAACCCUGCGUGGGGGCCGAGGUGCUACAACGAAGCAGAGCAGGAACUAAAAGACAUGGGUCUGGUCGUGAGCGCCUUCGUCAGCUACCAGUAUGAAGAAAACUUUAGCGAUGAUAUACUUUUAUGCCCUAAGUUGGAUAAGAAAAUCAACAGUUCGAGAAUUUAUUACAGAAUCGUGCUGCCUGGAAAGAACGCUACAUUUAACUCAAGCUCUCCGUGUGACUACAAGCCAGGAUCUGAAGUCAUUGUGUUACUGACAAGCUUCGCAGGCACAGAUCCACACCAGCUUCUUCUACAGAGUGCUGCUAAAAGUAACACAUCAGUUUACUUUGGCCUGCCUGGAGUACCAAACAACUUUGAUGCUGACCUUAUGCCAGCAUAUUACGCUUGGACGCAGAGGGUUGUGAAUGACCAUCAAGCUCGUUACAGUAAACUCGCACUUGAUCCUAACAGAAGAGUUGUCUCACAUGAUCCAGGUAGCCAAUCACAAAGAGCGACACUGUAUGACUACCUGACAGGCUACUAUGGAACGGAUGAAUGUUGUUUGGGAGACCUGACACAAGACAGCCAGUAUCUGACUCUGUAUCAAAUACUUGGGACCCUGGUCAAAAGCAAUGGGAAAAGGUUUGCCGUUUCCCCUUACGUAGAUCUGAAUAGAUCACAGAUGAACAGAACCGUGGGUCAGCACGUACAAGGUUUUGCCGACAUAGCUAAAACAAAAGUGGUUGAUGUCAUAGCUGUCCAGGAAGGGAGGGGGGCAGCUAAAGGCUGCUACUACUGGCCACAUCAGAUAAACGAGCCAGUCAGCCUCAGUGAUCCAGUUCUGGAUAGAGCCAUCCGUUACCUUGACCCAACAUUGAAAACAAACAUCACAUUUGCCGAAGCCUUCUCUGCCAGCAACAUAGAACUGUUUUCUGCUUUCCAAGAAGCGCAGCAAGGAUUACUGACAACUGGCGUCAGGUUUGAUUUCUGGCUCAAUGUUGAGGCCUUUGAGUUCCUCCGAGACGAUCCUUGCCUUCCUGUUGACCCAAUGGCUUCUGGGAUGGGUGAACUACUGGAUCGGGCAAGCAAAGAACGACUGGACAGGGCCAUCAGUGUAGCUGGCGCCAGAGUGCAGAAGAUCAUAUCCUUCGCGUGGGAUGCCGACUACACAUGCACAACACAGCAGUACCCUACAAGCCUUACUGACGAAAUCCUCUCCGACCUCCAGCGCCCCAUCAUAGCCAACUGUUCCUUCCACAGCUACCAAAAUCUAUCAGUCGUUCUCUUGGGGUUCAACUUGGAAGGUGAGACUCAAGCAUUCACGGUGGAGUGGACCAACACAAGGGGGCAGAAUAUCACCAGCAACAUACAUGGCUACUAUUUUGAGCUGGACUACGGCAUUGAGCACAACUUAGUGGAGUCACUGGAGUACACAAUGCUGUGGGACAUCCCUGAGAUGCUACGCGCCCUAGCACCUCAGGGGACCAUCAAAGUCUCUGCGGACAACGCUAGGCAGUCGUGUUACUUCAGCUAUGAUUUGCCAUACAAGGCAGAAGGAGAGUAAAGAGGAACUCUUACACUGAACCAGCAAUGAAAGUAAAGAUUUAUCUUACACUGAACCAGCAAGAAAUCAAUUAGCAAUGCCAGAUUUUUAAAGUGACUUAAAUAAAUAAUGCCCUUAAUGUAUCUCAGCCAAGACUAAAAAGCACAGAAGUAAACUAUA